GAUCGUGUUUGACUCACCCAGCUUGGCAGGAUUUUGCAAGCUGUUUUGUUCCCGAAAGAAGAAGAUGCCACAAUGGAGAACGGCAGAUGGGCCUGUGCAUUUGUGCCUCUAUAAUCGCCUUUGACGAAUUGCACAUAGAUUUUAAGAAUCCCAUCGAUCAGGGCAAUCCAGCCAGGGCAAGAGAAAGGUUGAAAAAUGUCGAACGCAUCUGUUGCCUUUUGCGAAAGCUCGUGGUUCCGGAAUAUUCCAUCCAUGGCCUUUUCUGCCUGAUGUUCCUCUGUGCAGCUGAAUGGGUGACUCUGGGCCUCAACAUCCCCCUCCUCUUUUAUCACUUGUGGAGGUACUUUCACCGCCCGGCUGAUGGCUCAGAAGUCAUGUACGAUGCCGUCUCUAUCAUGAAUGCUGACAUCUUAAAUUAUUGCCAGAAAGAAUCAUGGUGCAAACUGGCUUUUUAUCUGUUGUCUUUCUUCUAUUACCUGUACAGUAUGGUUUAUACCCUGGUGAGUUUCUAAUCGCGCCAACCGAAGGGGCAGGACCCUCCGAUCGACACCGCCGCUACCAACCCCCCCCUUGGUUCCUCCGGGAUGAAUCGAGACCCCCCACACACACACAAACCCACCCACCCAACAUUCUUCCUGGAGGCUGAAACGCUAAGCCGAGAUGGAUCCACCCGUGCCUGACCAAAGCCGGAACCAGCCGGAAAAGCCGCCAUCGCCGCCAUCUUUUUUUUCUUUUCAGAGGGGUGGGCUGUCUUUCUGCUCUCCCCUCUUGUGCUCCGGAUAACAACACACAUUCACACAACACAGAAACACCGGUUCGGAUUUGGAGAACGAAGCCAGCGUCCUCCUCCCCCCCCACCCCCCCCC